GUUCUGAAUUGACAACCUUGACAUCGACAGCACGUGAAUACAGCAUCUGUAUUUAUUGCAUUAUUUAAUUCAUUUAUAAACCAAUCAAAAUGAAAAUUUGGACAUCUGAACACACUUUCGAACACAGUUGGGACACAAUUGUACAGGCAGCAUGGAAGAAAUACCCUAAUCCUUUGAAUCCUGCAGUAAUUGGUACUGAUGUUUUAGACAGAAAGGUUGAUAACAAAGGGGUUUUAAAGACACAUCGACUUAUGACAACACAGUGGGGUCUACCAAACUGGGCUAAAAAGAUUUUAGGACAGGAUGAAAAUGCGUAUGGAUCGGAACAUUCAGAAGUUGACCCCAAGGCAAAAACCAUGACACUUAAGUCUAAAAAUUUAACAUGGUGUAAUUUAGUAACCAUAGAUGAAAAACUAGUGUAUGCACCCCAUCCUGAAGACAGUUCUAAAACCCACUUGAAACAAGAAGCAGUUGUAAAUAUUAAAGGAGUGCCAUUAUCCAGUUACUUAGAAAAUAUGAUUACACAGAAUAUAAAUAAUAAUGCCCAAAAGGGCAGAGAAGGUUUAGAGUGGGUCGUUAGGAAGAUUAAAGUAGAGGCAGAAACACUCCAGACAGAGGCAGCCACUUUUACUAAAGACACAUUUCACACAAUACACAAAGUGGAAUCUUUGUUCAAUAGAGAUGGAUCUUUAUAACGAUAAAAGAACUUAGGUCUUUUUAUAAAAAGCCAAAUAUCUGUGAUAUUCCAUUUUCCAUCAUCACCUUAACGAAAUCUCUGCUGGAAACCUGUUCAGGACCAAGCUGAUGCAGAUAUGACAUAUGUAUUGUAAACCAUUCAUGUGACAGUCAUGUGACAUAUUUAUAAACCACCUUAUAUUGUGUGAAUAUUGUGAGAAGAAGUUUGUUUGACAACACAUUUAUUUUUUAUCUUAAUUGAUAUUGGUCUGAUUCUAUGUCUUCUUUGAAAACUAUCAGAUAAUUAAAUUGUCAAAUAGAUUUUUCAUGUUUUUUCUACAAAAAAAUUAGUGCUUAUUUUAGUACUAAUUUGGAAGUUUUUGUAAAAAUGUUAGACAAAAUUACUUAUAGACACAAUUUUUGAUUGCUAGUUAAGAAUUUCUGACAAUUUCUUUGGAAAUUGCUUCUGAAUUUUUUAAAACAUCUGGGCUUCUCUUGAAAAAGUGUUUCGAAACUGUUGAAGAAAACUUGAAUCAACAGUAAUGUUGAUUUCAUUUUUUGCAAUCUUGAAUGAUCGUGUAAUUAUUUUUUUUGAUGGACUGAGAUUCCAUCUAAAGUAGAAAUCCAUUAACCAUCAUAAUAGACAUAAGAUUAAUUACUUAUCUGUUUUCCAUUGCUUAAUUAUUAGAUUGUGUGUAGAUGUUAUUGUUGGUUCAUUAUUUUGGAUGGGAUACCAAUUUUAACCUGAAUUUAAAUGUACGACGAAAUACAAAUUUCAUAUAGGCUUGUAUGUUGAUUUUGACAAAAUCAAAUAUCCUCCAUGGAAAUUGUAUUUUUCCUCAAAUCAUGAAAAUUGGUAGCCAAGAAUAUAAUAAACCACAGUAGUUGUGAUUUUGAUUGACAGAAGUUAAAUGAAUGUUGUUGGACAUGAUAUACUUUCCAAGAAACAUUACUUUUGUAUAUUGUGUGAGAGUAAAAUACUAAGAUCUUCCAGUGACAUUGCCAAACCAGAAGUUGUUUGCAUGGUUAUUGUGUGUGAUGAUUGUUUUCAACCAUAUCAUUGUGAUAUUUUUUCAGGUUGUGUUGUAUUCAGAUCAUGACAGAAUGUAAUAUUAUUUGUGUUCAGUAUACAAACCAUUCCUACUUGACAUUAAAAUAAACGGCAUAUUCUAUAUUGUAAUUUCCAUUCUCAGGAUAUUGUUAGAUAAAUGUUUAUUUUUGUUUGUAAACUUUAUUUCUUUACAAUCCUUUUAUGUAUAUGAUAGUUUGAAAUUGAUUUUAAUAGGAAUAGGACAUUUUUGGAUGUAAUACACUGAUUUCAGGCAUUAAAUAUAUUUGAAGUAUAUUUUAAACUAAGUGAACUAAGCAUUCAUAUCACAUAUCUUGCUAUUCAAGAACGAAUGUUGAUUUAUGCUCAUGUAAAUCAUUUAUAUUUAUGACUUUUUGUUAUUUAUUUCAUUGAUCAAAAACAAUUCUUACUUUUAUAUAUUAUAUUUUUAUAUACCACCAACAUACAUGUAUAUUUGUAAAAGUAACUUAUGAAGCUUUUCACAAUCAUGUUAAAGUGUAAGCUGAGUAGAAUAUCCUAAUCACACUAGGUUUUGUAAACUAAUGACAUACUCAUUUUCAAAAUAAUCAUAGGGUAAUUGUUUUGUGCUUUUUUUUAGGCUAAAUAAACCUUUUUCAUUUCACAAUUAGCCCUGGUAUAGUUUGAAAUAAAAUAAAAAUGAAUUCUACAUUUAAAAGAAAAGAAUUUUCUUUAUUAAUAAACUUUUUUAACUAGAAACUAGAAAAAUUUAUUUGGGCAAAGUAAAUGUUAGAUAAGAGAAUCAAGAAAACCUGAUACACAUAUUGAUAGAUUUUAUUCUGUAAAUUCAGAAAUUAUUGUUGUGAUUUCAAUAAUGCAAAAAAAAAAUUACAAAAUGUGUAUCACAUUGAUAAAAACUUUCUUCGUAACUUGUCAGUGAUAAAUCCUCGUAACAUUUUCACACACUCCUAAAAUUAAUAAUGAAAUAUUUCUAGAUUUAAUUGAUUUACAAAGAUAAAUCUACACAUAAAUUUCUGAAUUUACAGUGUAUAGUCACUUGUUUUUGAAGCUUUUCUUUAGUCUAAUUAGAUUUUGUACAAUUCCUAUUUUGUGAACUUUUAAUUAUGGGGAGUGCCUGUUCAAGCAGAACAAAUUAGAAUAUAAUUUUGACAAUAAGUGCCUUUUAUUUAUUCCAGUAUUUAUGUGUAAUAGAAUUUUUAUUUCCUAUGAUGAGUUUGAUACAUUUAUAUGCUGAAUUCUUGUUAAGUUUUUUUUUCUGUUUAUUAUUUAAUAGUGCAAAUCAUCAAAUUAAAUUUUUUAAUUAAGA